CCCUAAAAAGUUUUUUCCCAAUGGUUCUUGGCAAUGGUCGAUCAGUCUGCCGAGCCACCGGCAUCCGAUUCGGAUGGAUCCUCCGCCCCGGCGCCGCCGGUGGAGCCGCUCAAGCUACCGACAUUCGAGGAGAUGAAGGCGCAGGAUGUGUUUAACAACUGCGCCGUCAAGAGCAUUGUGAGCUGCGUCAUGGGGGGCGGCAUGGGGAUUUUCAUGGGAUUGCUGUUUGGAGCGCUGGACAAUCCACUCAACCCCGAUCAAAUGACCGUGAGGCAACACUUCACACACGCCGCGAAGCAAAUGGGCAGCAAGAGCCUCCAUAUGGCCAAGGCUUUCGCGGUGAUGGGAGCCAUUUACUCUGGAACCGAGUGUAUCAUAGAAAAGGCCAGAGCGAGGCAUGACAUGACGAACACGAUGGUGGCUGGCUGUGUCACCGGUGGGAGCUUGUCUGCGAAAGCUGGACCAAAGGCAGCUUGCGUGGGCUGCGCCGGAUUUGCGGCAUUUUCCGUAGUGGUGGAGAAGCUAUUCGAUCGAGCGGCAUAGCUUUUUUUUCUUCGAUCUUUCUCUUCUUCUCUUGAUGCUAGACAAACAUUUUUCUCGAGGAAGGAGAAGGCUCCAAUUUUUUAAAAGCCCUA